AUGGGGAAGGCUGCAAACGCGAUUGUCACUGUGCAGAUGGACAAAUGUGUGACGGUGUUACAGGUGAAUGUGCCUCACAAGAGGGUGAGCAGGGAUGGACAGGAUCCUCAUGUAACUCCCAUGCAAAGGAGGAGCGGAAGUUUACCGCCUCCGAGGUUGCCGGGGCGGCUGGAGGCCACUGGGUAUAAAGUGAAUGGAACUGCACAGCAGUCCUCAACAUACAAGUCGUGUUCAGCAGAGAAAGCCUUCGACGGUGAAAAAAUCUUCCAAGAACCUGAAUCUUCAUGCACAUGCAGUGUUACAGGUGUUGACGAAAUACCUCGGUGGUGGGAAAUGAAUUUUGGAUCCAAGCAUUUGAUUGGUUCUAUAAAAGUCAGCGGUCGUGAUACUUGUUCACUUGGUUAUUUUGGACAAAACUGCAGCAAAAAAUGUUCACAGCAUUGUAAAAACGACGAUUGCAACCCACAGAAUGGAUCCUGCAUCAAAGGAUGUAAACCUGGAUAUGAUUAUACUAUGAGCACAAACUGCUCGGUUGCUGAACGCACCAAGGACACGGAUGUAAAUUACUAUGUGUUUGAAAAUAACAUACCUGGCAUACAGAUUCACAAUCUUUGGGAUUACAUCAGGGAGAAUAAGAAAAAAAGAGGCCAACACUUCAAUGACGAGUUUAUAAAGCUUCCAACAGGGCUUGUUCAUAAACACGAAGUGGCUGGAAGGGAAGAAUACAAGGGAAAGAAUAGAUACAGGGAGAUGUAUGCAUAUGACCACUCUCGUGUGCCGUUACAGAAGGAAAGGGAUGGCGACUGCGAUUACAUUAAUGCGAGCUACAUUGACGGUUACUGCAAAGCUCGGAAGUUUAUCGCUUCUCAAGGUCCAACGAAUAAUAUGAUCGACGAUUUCUGGCGAAUGGUCUGGCAAGAGAAUGUAGAAAAGAUUGUAAUGCUUACGAACCUUAUUGAAAUGGCGACGGUAAAGUGUCUUCAAUAUUGGCCAGAAAUGGACCAAACCUGCUCCUUCGGCGGAAUCGACAUAUCCAUAACUGUUGUGAAAAAGUUCCGAGAUUAUGAAAUAAGAACAUUGAUUGCCAAAAAGGCCAAAUGCAAACCCAGGGAAAUUCAACAGUAUCAUUUUAAAGCUUGGCCGGAUAAAGAUGUACCUGACAAUGGAUGGUGUCUGGUUGAAUUUUUAAAUGUUGUUGAAACACAGUCUACAAAUUCCCCGAUCAUAGUACACUGCAGUGCCGGUGUGGGGCGGACGGGAACGUUCGUUGCUCUUGACAACCUUGUAGAACAAGCAAAGACUGAAAAAUGUGUUAAACCUUUGGAGAUGGUUAAAGCCCUGAGGCGGCAACGAGUCAACAUGGUUCAGACAAAGGAUCAGUAUAUAUACUUGCAUGAAGCACUUGCCGAAGCUCUGCUGAUGGGCACUGAUCACAUCUGGCAUAGACAGUUUGAAAAUGUCCAUCCCUUCAUGAUAGCAAGAGAAACUGGAGAAGAACAGUCAAGGCUGGUAAAGCAGUUUCAGAGCUUUUCCGGAAAUAACACGUUUUUGAUAUGUAAAUCACCAUGUGAAGAGCAGCUGGAAGAGUUUUGGUCUCUUGUUGAGGAGCAGCACGUGAUAACCAUCAUUAUGCUAACCUCUACUUCCAGCCCAGCAUACCAGGUUUAG